AUGCAGUGGACACCAGACUUGGCUUAUGAAGAGGUUCCAACUGAACUAAUUUCCAAGCAGAUUAGAAGGCUACGAAAUAAAGAAAUUAGCAUGGUGAAGGUUCUCUGGAGCAACCAUUUCACAAGUGAAGCAACUUGGGAAGUAGAGGAAGAGAUGCAAAAGAGGUAUCCCACACUCGCUGAAUUGAUUCCUGACCAUGCUCGGGUAAUGGGUGAUGGACUGUAUCGUGAUGUAUAUAUCUUCUUUAAGGUCCAUCCAAACAUAAAAGAUUCGGAGCGAUACAAGUUAUGUAAAACUGUUUACAACCAGAAACUUUCUCAAGAUACUUGUAACCAUGCUGCUCAGAACGAGAGGCUCCGGAAUGCCAUGAAUGGGAGCAACAGCCCUAACCAGUUCUUCUUUGGGUCCACAAAUGGGAAAUUUCCUCAACGUUCAGGAAGUGUGGGAAGUGGGACAGGAAGUGGAUUUAUCUCACCAAAAGAUAGCUACGCAUGUGUCAGAAGAGAGAAUAGAGAACUGAAGCUGGAAGUUGCAAGAAUGAGGAUGAGACUAAUAGACUUGGAAAAAGACCAUGUCUCCAUGAAACAGGAGCUGUGUCUUGACCAUGAAGAAGAGAUGCCACAAAUCUCAAUGAGCAAGAAAGGGAAGAGUGUAUAG